CCGAGGCAGGAUCCCAGGCCACUCCUGCCAUUUGUACUCCGACUUGGACCAGAACAAGUCAUGGCCCAGAAACCCCUCACCAACACGGCCGCCGAUAAACUCAAUUUCGUUGCACAGGAUGAGAUCUGGAAAUAUCGCCUUCAAGCUGAGUCAGAUGCACGGAAUAAUUGGUCUAAGAAUUGGGGAUUUUUAACAAUCUCUAUGGAAGAGUUACUGAGGAGAGAAGGGGAAGUACCUAAGCCUCCGAAGCCCAAGAUAGAACUUCCAGGACAUUUACGCAUCCGGCCCGUGACACCAGUGGAAAAAUAUAUUAAGGUCUACCCUUCACCACCAGUUCCUCAGACAACUAAGGGUUUUAUUGGUUGGAGAUCCACAAUUCCUGGUUUGGAACUUGAGAAAAACUACAAAAUUAUAAGCUGUAAAGGUGCCUAUACCAAAGAGCUUCAAUGGCCUGAGCAGGGAAUCCACUGAAACUAAGGGGAGAGAGCAGGGCCCACAGAGGGCCUUGUGUAUCCUCAAAGAAUGGGAGAACCUUGAUCAUUUUAAGACUAAAAAGAAUUUAAAAUAACUAUGUGAGUUGGUUUUAAAAAAAAGUAUGAUGAUGAGGUACUUAGCAUAGGCUAAAAAUAAUGUGUAAACUUUUUGGAAUUCAAAGAGGUCAUACUCACUUCAAGAAGCCAGGUAGAUUUAUUCCGUUGAAAGAAGGGUCUUGGUUUUAUUCUUUAUGGUCAAUACACCUGUACAGGCAAAGUGUUUUUGAUGUAUUCUUUAUGACAUGGUGAGUAUUUCCAUGGGUAUUGUGUUAUUAUAUUAUGGGUAUUAUAAUGUGGGUAUUAUAUGGGUAUUUACUUGCAUGACUUUAAAACUUAAACUUUUUUGUUGAAAAUUUGACUAAUCAGAAUUACAAAUACAGUUAUCCCUUUCACAUCACAGAGGUUAAGGGCCCAGUGCCCCCAGGGAUCUGGAAAAUCCAAGCAAAAUUUUUUGGCCCUCCCCUCAUGCCAGAGAAGAAGUCUGAAUUAUUAUGGUAUUAAGA